AUGCAUCGUCUUUUUGCUGAGUUGGAGCAAUCUUUAACCGUCACAGAGCAAAACCUGGCAGACCGAGUUCGGUAUAUCUUGCGCUCAAAUAUAUUUGAUGUCGCCGAACUCGAACGGCUACGACGUGAGGCUGUUCCCUCGUCGGAUGAGAAUGCUACGGCUGAGGAUGCGGCGCCACAAAUGGUAGAGCAACCCGCAAACGUGGAUGCCGCCGUGAAUACCCCAGUUGUGGUUGAUUCAAGCGAUGAUGGAACAGUCACCCAGGAACUGGAAUUAGAGCAUAUGAGGAGUACAUUGGAAGAGGCGAUUGUGGAAACGCGCAGUACGCCUCUCGAAAAUCGACCGCGACUUCCCCCGCAUAGCCCUAAGCAAGCGGAAUCGGGCUGUUGUGAGGGCUCUGAACCCAAUGCUGGUGACCUAUUUGAAGAAGCGCCGGGACCUUUGCGAGACGGAUUCAAUUCUUUUUGGCGCCGCGCUAGCAGUCUGCCGUAUCAUAGGCGCCAAGGUUUCCACGGCUGGACGCGCUACUGGCCAUAG